GUUGAAAGCAAGUGCCCCCGGAUCCACUACCCCGUAGUAUACACUGGUUAGCAAGGUCCAUCCGCAUCAUAAGUUAGUUAGCUGUCCUACUCUGUAGAGUAUAACACGAUGUCGGCGCAGAAACUCUCCGAAACGUCUUGCCCUGUCUGUGAAUGAUCUACGUCAAUUGCUAUAAUUAACUGGAACAGGGGGAAGGGUUUAAUGUCUAAGAGAUUCAGGUCAUCCUCGGGUAAGCUUGCCAGAAGAAACAUAUAAAUACCCCUUCGAAUCCUACAAGCUCUACAGUACUCUCAGAAGAAUCAAACACAUCCUUCUAUCUAUCCUCUCAACGUCCUCAAGAAAUCCACACGACGUCUCCCGCAAAAAUGCGUUUCUCUUUCCUCGCUGCUCUUGCCCUCAUCGGCGCUGCUGCCGCUCAGAACACGAUUGCCUCCGGCCAGCCCUGCAAGAAGGACGGAAGCAUGGGUAUCUGCCAGUCUGGACUCUGCAUUCAAGAGCCCAACCAGGCCCAGGGUGUCUGCAAAUAAGUGCCUGAAUAAUAGGUUCAGAAGAACUGAAAUGGGAACGGGUAUAAAAGCUGCGUGGGAGAUAUGUGAUCGGGUCUUUUGUUUGGAAAAAAUCAAAGCUUAUAUACCACUCGAUUCUCCUGUAGCAAAUAUUGAAACAUUUCAUUUCGUCAGGAUAAUUUCCGUUGCCUUGGUAAUUCCUACAGCAGGAAUUAGCAAACUAGCUUUGUGAUAUUGUCAACGCUUACCCCGCUGUACUGUGCGCAAACCCAGCGCAACACGUCUCGACUAUUUCAAAUAAAGAAUAUGAGGAAUCGUCAGCUAAUUAACUAGCAGGCACCAUACGCGUUAAAGAGAGGAUUCCGCAUCCGUAAUACUAGAGUAUGACAUAGUAGCAGAGCCAGCGUUCGAGCUCUUUGUAACUCACUUCUUAG